AUGACUGACUAUCAAGAAUUAAAUACUUUAGUAAAAGAAUUUGUUGAUAAACGCGCGGAUUUGAUUUCAUAUAUUCAGCAACUCGCUGAUAAUUUAGAUUCUCACCAUAAAAAUGUACAUAUAGCUAAAACAGUUGGUAGUGGAGCAGCUGUCUUAGGCACGGUUGUUGGAACUGCUGGUAUUCUAUUUAGUGUGCUGACAGGUGGCUUGAGUUUAUUGGCUACUGGAGCUAUAGUUGCUAGUAGUGCGGGGGUAAUAGCGACGGGUGGUAUGGCAGCGGUCGGUGCCACGGUUACCGAAGCAGUAAUUACGAAAAACAAAUUACAGGAAUUAUCUGAUAAAUGUGCUAAUGAUGAAGAAAAAGUGUCACAAAUAAAAGAGCACAUUGAAAAUUUAAUAAAUAUUGAACAAAAUGAAUAUUUCUCUAAUAGAAAAACAACGUUAGAAAUUACAAACAAUUUUGUAGCUAUUGGUAAUAAACAAAUAACAUACACUGUUGUUCGAAUUGCAGCAACAAGUCUAAUAGUAAAAGUAAUCACCCUCGAAGCAUCAGUCGCGGCCGGUAUCGUCACAGCUCCCAUCCAUGUUAUUGACCUGCAAAAAUCGGCAAAAGCGUUAAGUAAUGGUGAAAAACAUGAUACAUCGGAUCAAUUGCGAAAUUUAGCUGAACAAUUGAAACAAGAAAGUGAAAAUAUGCAAGAGGCUGUUAAAAAACUAAUUAAAGAGAACUAA